AUGCUUCUGGGCUUCCCUGUUGGUACCAGAUCACCCUGUGGACAGGAGGCUUUGUGAUCAUCAUCCUGGGGGUGGCUGUGACAGUCUUGGGUGAGUAUUGUUUAUUAUUUCAUUUAUGAAUUGCUUUCCAUGUGGCAUCCUGAAGUGGUUUACCAUACAGUAAAAGCACAUACAGAAUGAUUGUCUAACAUCUUCCAUCAGCUCCAGCCCAGUCAGCAGGUUAUGAACAUUUGGUUUAGCCCAGUAUGGCAGCUCUCAGAACAGCAGCAGAAGAUGAGACUCCUGACUAUCAACCCCAGAGUCUCCAAGAUUCAGUAGAAUCAUCCAGCAACUUACCGAGCAGUGGGAUAAAAUCCCUCAAGGAAUUUAAAAUGGGGAAAAUUAGAGCAUAUUAUCACAUGUUAAAAAUAAGACUACUUGUUAAUAUAUAAUCUUCUAAUGUCCCAGUCGUUAUCUCUCUUGGAUUUGAAUUGAUUCCAUAUAUGUGGUAUUCUUGUUUUUAAAUUGUAUGUGCUUCAUCCACAAAUAUUGAAAGUACAGUUGUACCUUGGAAGUCAAACGGAAUCUGUUCCAGAAGUCCGUUUGACUUCCAAAACGUUCAUGAACCAAAGCACAGCUUUCGAUUGGCUGCAGGAAGAUUCUGCAGUCAAUCAGAAGCUGCAGAUGGCCCGUCGAACGUUUUGGUUCCAAAGAACGUUUACUAACCAGAACACUCACUUCCGGGUUUGCUGCUUUUGGGAGCCAAAACGUCCGAGUACCAAGGUAUUUGGCAUCCAAGGUACGAUUGUGGUGUCAUUUGGGAUCUGAAGCAAUCGAUUGAAAUGUAAUUUGUUCCCUAUCCUGAAAUACUUUUAAUCAAAAGUUUUUAAUCUGUGGGCAUUCCCAGAGAUGUGCAUAAGUUUUCCAUCAUUCCCACAGUUUCUCCAACAUUGUGAAGAGUUAUUUUUGUCUAUUUUCUUUAGCAACCAAGCGGAUAACAUAAAUACUUUUAUAUUCGUAAAGAUGCUGCCAUCAUUCCCCUUACUAUGUGAUUUUCUGAAGAAGGCCAAGAUGGAUUCAUACUUCUGUGGGAGGAAUUGUGGCAGGUCUCGUUUGCAGCUUGCUCUCCGUAUCUACCGUAGAUUCCGGUGUAUAAGAUGACUUUUUAACCCUGGAAAAGAGGUUAAAAAGUUGGGGGUCGUCUUAUACGCCGGGUAUAGGCGGCAUGCAGCGGGCUCCGUUCUGGGAGAAAGACUGAGCUUAUAAGACAAACCCCCAAAUUGGAGCUGCCAAUUUGGGAGGUUGUCUAAUACGUCCAGUCGCCUAUUACGCCGGAAUCUACGGUAAUUGUAUCCAUCUUCUUUUUCAUUCCUUGGCCUCCAUAUUUUGAUUAUGUGUGUUAACAUGAUGCUUAUUUAUUUAAAUAAAUGUGUUGUUUGUUUGUUUGUUUGUUUGUUUGUUUGUUUGGUGAGGAGUAGCUUUGCAGUUGAAAACUGAUAAAGGAGAAACCAGAGUAAAUGCUGGCAGAUGCAAUCUCUGUUUAGACAAGUUUCAGGCUUUCCUAAGACGCAGCCUCUGCAACCAAUACCAGAGCAAGCCCUCAGGUAAAAAUUUAUAUAUUGUACCUGUUUUUAUUUUUUUUACAAAUAUAGGUCACUGUGGAAACCCAAUGGGACAAAAUCCACUUUCAAACCGCAAGUUCCCCCAUCACGAAUAAGUUUUGCAGUAAGGAAGCAACAGUCAGAAUAAUGUCACAAAUCGAUGUAUUGAAACAUGUGGUUUGGUCCAAACAUAUACAGUCGUACCUCGACUCCCAAAUGAUCAAAACCGGGAAGUGAGUGUUCCGGUUUUCGAAUGUUCUUUCAGAAGCUGAAUGUCCGAUGGGGCUUUCGCAGCCAAUCAGAAGCCGCGCUUCGGAAGUUGAAUGUUUCGGAAGUCAAAUGGACUUCCAGAACAGAUUCUGUUCGACUUCCGAGGUACGACUGUACUUCAAUUGGCUAUAGACUUUUAACUCAUUUUCUGUGACUAGCUGCCCCUUUCCCUAUGCUACAAGCGUUAUUUUGCUACCCACCCACCCCAUCUGAUCAAUCACCUUUUCAGUCAAUAAAUAAAGCCACCAGUUUGGAGGGACUACUAUAGUUUAGCUUAUUGAGGUUGUGGCUACUGAAGCACUAUUGGCGUCAGUAAGCCUAAAGCCACUGGUUUCUGCAGUUGCAGAGUACAUAAUGUUUUUCUACAUUGGAAAUGGUGAGCCAGUCAGAAUCAUUAAAUUAUGUGUCUAUCUUCCCUUCCACAGUUAAUUCCACUUGCAAAGUGUGCCCUGUACAAUGGCAGCUCCACAGGGACAAAUGCUACUGGCAAUCGGAAGAUACUAAAACCUGGAAUGAGAGCCAACAUGACUGUUCAACAAGGGAUUCUCAUCUGCUGGUCAUCCAAGACAAACAGGAAAUGGUCAGGAACAAUGAUAUAUUUCAUGCAAUGCCUGAAGGAAGCCUGAGUCCAAUUGCGUUUAAUUCUAACUUAGUAACUCGACAAUGGUAUCAUGCUUUGUGACUUGAGAAGCUUGUGGAGUGCAGGGCCUUGUUUAGUAUUUCAUCCCAUUCCCACCCAAGGCCAGUUCAUCAGUGUCUAGAUAGGGCCUUGGGGAGAUUGACUAGUGAGAACCAAAGCAGUAAGUUGCAAGCAAAUUCAUGUAACUGUAGCCCAAGUCCUCUUUUUAUUUAGAAAGUCUUUCCAGGAGGAUGCGGUUGAUAGUGGAGUUUAUAUUAAUCUUUGUUUUGAUGCCAUCAGUUUGAAAAUCAGCAAAUAUCUUUUUCAAAAAUACAUUUUCUCUGACACAGGACUUCAUAAAAAACAUUACAAAAAAUGCAAAAUUCUGGAUCGGACUCUCACUAUCAUUAGCAGAGAAUAAAUGGAUGUGGAUUACAGGCUCCCAGCUUGAUCAGAGUCU